AAUGAUCGAGAAGAAACUUGAAGAAGAAGGAGUUGAUUUAUUACAAGAUCCUUAUACAAAUCAGAAUGGUAAAUGGGGUGUUCCCAUGACGCUGGUUGAUCGAUAUUCCCGCGAGUUGAAGACGACGAUGAGAGAAGUUGCCAAGGAAAUGGAUCAUAUAAGGGUGGAAAAAUUAGAUCAUGUUAAGAAAAAGGCGGUUCCAUGUGAUAUUUCCAGUCUUCGCUUCGCUGCAGAUGUUGUGGGAAAACUUAGUUCAGUGGUGGACUGGUUGACGUCACUUGGACUGCCAAUGUACAUAGAAAAUUUUCUGGAAGAAGGAUACGAUGAUAUGAGUAUUGUACCCUAUCUUUCACACGACCAUCUUCGUCAUGCAAAUAUCACAAAUACAGAUCAUAUCGCUAGACUUAUUCGAUCCCUUGAAAACAUGGCCCCAGACCCUCACUCUUACAAUGGAGAUUGACGAGGCCCCAGACCUCUCCUCUUACAAUGGAGAUUAAAGAGGCCGCAGACUUCUCCUCUUACGACGGAGGUUGAUGAGGCCCAGACCCUAGUCGUGUCGUGUACAUUAACUAGGUCAAAUGACUCAAAUCUCGCUCACGACUUGUCGAUAAUUAUUAGAAAUGAUAAUGUAUUUAUAUAUU